AUGUCCUCCACAGUGAACAACGGGGCGGCCGGCAUGCCGUCCCCACCGGACGCGGCGAACGGCUUCCCUCAGCCGGGGGCCUCCUCGGGGACCUGGCCGCGGGCCGAGGAGGAGCUGCGCGCCGCGGAGCCGGGCCUGGUAAAGCGCGCGCAUCGCGAGAUCCUGGACCACGAGCGCAAGCGGCGCGUGGAGCUCAAGUGCAUGGAGCUGCAGGAGAUGAUGGAGGAGCAAGGGUACUCGGAGGAGGAGACCCGACAGAAGGUCAGGACUUUCCGGCAGAUGCUGAUGGAGAAGGAGGGAAUGCUGACCAGGGAGGACCGGCCUGGGGGCCACAUCGUGGCGGAGACCCCGCGGCUGCUCGAGGGCGCGGAGCCGGGCCUGGAGUACGCGCCCUUGGACGAGGACGACGGCCCGGUGGACUGCGACUGCCCGGCCGCCUGCUACCGCGGGCACCGGGGGUACAGGACCAAGCACUGGUCCAGCAGCUCGGCGUCGCCCCCUCCCAAGAAGAAGAAGAAAAAGAAAGGCGGCCACCGGAGAAGCCGCAAAAAGAGGAGACUGGACUCUGAGUGCAGCUGUGGGAGCUCCUCACCCCUGCGCAAGAAGAAGAAGAGUGUGAAGAAGCACCGAAGAGACAGGUCUGAUUCUGGGUCCCGGAAGAAGAGACGACACAGAUCUCGAAGCCCCAAGAGCAAAAGGAAAGAGAAGAACAAAGAGAGGAAGAGGCCACACGCGGAGUCCCCAGGUCGGAGGCCCCGUCGCCACAGCAGCGGCAGCUCCCAGAGCCCCUCCCUCUCCUCCCACUACAGCGAUUCCAGAUCACCCAGCAGGCUGAGCCCCAAGCACCGAGAUGACGGGCGGAAGACGGGCAGCCAGCGGUCCAGCGGGAGCCGGUCGCCUUCCCCGUCCGGCGGCAGCGGGUGGGGGUCGCCCCAGCAGAACGGCGGCAACAGACAGCGGAGCGGAGCGCACGGGGGCCGCCCCGGCUCGGCGCACAGCCCGCCAGAUAAGCCCAGCUCGCCCUCGCCCAGGGCCCGCGACCAGGCGGAGGCCGGCGCAGCCACGCCGCCCGCGCGGGGCAAGGAGAGCCCGAGCCCGCGCUCGGCUCCGUCGUCGCAGGGCAGAGGAGGCCGCGCGGCGGGCGGGACGGCCAGGCGGCGGCGGCGGCGACGGCGGCGGCGGCGCUCCCGGUCCUCGGCGUCCGCGCCCCGCCGCAGGGGCCGCCGGCGCGCCCGGCCCGCGCCGCCCCGGGGUUCGUCGCGCUCGCUCAGCAGGGCCCGCUCCAGCAGCGACUCCGGCGGCGGCGGCGGCGGCGCCCCCGGCCCCGGCCCCGAGCCCGGCUCCGAGCGAGGCCACGGCGCGCACGGAAAACGGACCAAGGAGCGGCCCCCGCGCGCUCGGCCGGCCAGCACCUCCCCGUCCCCGGGCGCGCACGGCAGGCACGGCGGCCCGGAGGGGAAGAGCUCGUCGCGCAGCCCGGGCCCCCACCCGCGCUCGUGGAGCUCCAGCCGCUCGCCCUCCAAGUCCCGCUCGCGCUCCGCGGAGAAGAGGACCCGCAGCCCCAGCCGCUCGCCGUCGCCCAAGAAAACCCUGGGCCGGGACAAGGACGGCGAAGGCCGCGCGAGGCACGCCGAGGCCGAAGCCGCCCGCGCCCGGCGCCGCUCCCGCAGCUACUCGCCCAUCCGCAAGCGGCGCCGGGACUCGCCCAGCUUCAUGGAGCCGCGGCGCAUCACCAGGUCCAGCCUGCCGAGUGGCCUGUGGCCGGCCUGGGGGCCGGGGGACCCCCUCCCCACAGGCUGCAGGGGAGAUGCCCAUUGCCCGAAAGCGUCCCAUCCCCUACUACCGGCCCAGCCCCUCGUCCUCCUCCAGCUGCCUGAGCAGCGACUACUCAAGCCGGAGCCCCAGCCGCAGCCCCAGUCCCGGUCACAGCCACGGAAGCUACAGCAGCCGCAGCCGCGGGACCCGCAGCCGCACGCGCAGCCCCUCCCGGACCCCCAGUCCCAGCUACCACAGCCGGAGCAGCUCAGAGAGUGGGGGCUUCUGAGCCCGGACAGACCCAGCUUGGUGCCCCCUGGCAUAGGGAGAGGCGAGGGGUCAGGCCCCAGGACCCGUGAGGGGGCCUGCACCCCACUGCUACAAGGGGGUCCCCGGGCCAGGGAAGACCUUGAGUGUGGGCGCCCUGCAGACAAGGAGGAGCUGGGUUCUGCUGCUUCUAGAGGGUCCCCACCCCCACCUCCUGCCUGCCCACCGUGUCCAGGGAACAAAGAGCCGUUGCGAACACAGGGAUCGCCCUGUCCCCCUUCCUGCUUGAUGCCAGCUCACCAGGCUGGGGACAGCUCGGUGGACCCAGGGACACCUCGGAAGGUGCCAGACCUGGAAGCCUCCCGCACCCACUCCACAGGGCCCUCGGCUCCUUUCUGUCAACGCGCAGACGAGGAGGUGGGAUGGCAGGCAGGAUCUAAGUUAGACAGAAGGAAGAACGACCUAACCCUUGGUGCAUCACCAUCCAAGCUGGGGAGCGGCUUCCUUCUGAGCUGGCUGCAGGAUCCUGGCUGAUGGCUGGAGGCUGGCCCCACAGCCUCCCCCGACCCCUCCCCUGGCCCAGGAGGACCCAGACUAGGUGGGCCCCUAAGCCCCAGCCUGAGGAGCCGGGGAGCUUACUCUUGGUCCCACCUCUCCCUUCCAGGCCAGGCUCUCCCCUUCGGCCCUCACCCCAUGCCCGGGGCCAAGGCCGCAGCAGCAGCCAGGCCUUCUGCAUGACAAGAGAU